UAUUUUAUUAAAUCAGAUUUCCAUCAACUUGCAGGUCCUUUUUCCUUGUAUAAAUCAACCCUCAAUUUAUUCAAUUAACUCCUCCUCUUUCCCUUCCCUUCCUCUUCCGUCUCUUUUCUAGAUUCCUCUCGUUCGGUCUCUUUUGAUCCAAAACCAAGUUCUGGGUUUAUCAUUUUUCGACCCAAAACUUCAAAUCUUUUUGGUGUUCAAAACUUUCAUUUUUGUUGUGAUUUUCAAGGAGAGUUUUGUUUAAAACGACAAAAUCUUGAUGCCCAAUCUUUUGUUCUUGAUGUUUGAGAUUCAUGACUCCAAUUCUCAGUGAAAUCUUCCUUUCUGGGUUUAUGAUCAAUUCCACAUUCAUCCGCAGGACCCAUCUUGUUCAAUCUUUCUCAGUUGUUUUCCUCUAUUGGUUGUACUACGUUUCAUGAUUCUUCUUCUUCCAUCUCAAAAUCUACAAAAAAUUAUACUACUGCUACUACCAUUAAUCUAUCUUUUUUUCUAUAAUUAUUAUUAGAAUAACUUUAUAGUCUCUCUUGAUAAGUUCCAUGGCUUCCUCAAGUGGAACAUCAUCCGGUUCACUCACCACAAACUCGGGCUCGGAGGGCGAUUUACAGGCAUUAAUGAACGAAAGAAAAAGAAAGAGAAAGAUAUCGAACAGAGAAUCGGCACGGCGGUCGAGGAUGAGGAAACAGAAGCAUCUCGACGAUCUUCAAGCUCAACUGACUCAACUCCGAAACGACAACCAGCAGAUCCUGACUCAGUUGAACAUCACCACCCAACAUUACUUGAACGUCGAGACCGAGAACUCGGUGCUCCGAGCUGAGGCCAACGAGCUGAGCCACCGAUUACAGUCCCUGAAUGAGAUCAUCAGAUUCAUCAACGGCGGUGGUACUAACUCCGAUGCCGAUGGGUUUGGUUUCACUGAGUCGGCCGAUAGCUUCUUUAACCCAUUGAAUUACUUGAAUCAGCCGAUCAUGGCAUCGGCGGAUAAUGUGUUUGAGUAUUGAAAAUCUGCAUGAAAGAGAGAAGACAGGGUUUUUGUUGUUUUGUUUUUUUGGUGGAUUAUUAUUAUCAGUGGGGAGUGGUGAGAAAUAAGGUUAUGUGUCAGCAGACAGAGUGGUUGUUGUUGUGCUUAGUGUUGGGUCUUUUUAGUUUGUAAAAUGGGGUUUAAUGGUAUGAACUUGUGCAUUGCCAAUGCAAAAACCCUUAUUUUAUGUAUUUGGGCUGUUGUUUUUAAGUAUUAUAGUGGCUGAUUUCACGA